AUGCCCACUGGCCACCCUCAUGCCCGUGUCCAAGGACACACCAGGAGAAAACAAGACCUAUUUCCCCUUCUUCUCGGACUUCAGGGGCGACAAUGCGACGGCCCUGCGCAUCGGCGAGUCAUCUGCCCUGGCCUUCAUCUUCCUGCUGUCGUUGGCGGGAAACAUCUGGGGCAUCUGCCUGCUGGUGAGGCGGCACCGCCGGCUCUGCGCCGCCAACUGCCUCGUCCUCAACCUCUUCUGCGCCGACCUGCUCUUCAUCACUGCCAUGCCCGUCAUCGCCGUCGUGCGCUGGACCGAGUCCUGGGUGCUGGGCAACUUCGUCUGCCACCUGCUCUUCUAUGUGGUGAGCCUGAGCGGCACCGUCAUCCUCCUCUCCCUGUCGGCCGUCAGCCUGGAGCGCUUCGUCAGCAUCGCCCGGCUGCGCCACGCCGCUUUCCGCCGCCGCAAGGUGCUGGUCGCCGCCUUGCUCCUCAUCUGGGGCUUGGCCGCCCUCGCCACCCUCCCGCUCUGCUGCUUCUUCACCGUGGUGCGGCUGCCCGGCCCCGCCGGCCAGGACAUUCAAAUUUGCACUCUGGAUUGGCCCAGCACUGCAGGAGAAACAGUCUGGGAUACAACCUUUGCCAUUGUUUUCUUUAUGAUACCAGGAUUCAUCAUUGUCAUCAGUUACUCCAAAAUCUUACAGAUUACAAAAGCAUCAAGAAGAAGUUUAAAUGCUGGUUUAGCCUACCCAGAACAUCAUCAGAUUCGUGUUUCCCAGCAAGACUACAAACUAUUCCGAGCCCUUUUUCUGUUGAUGAUCUCUUUCUUCAUUAUGUGGACUCCAAUAAUAGUAAUUAUUUUUUUAAUUUUAGUUCAGAACUUCAAAAGAGAUUUAAAUAUUUUGCCAUCAGUUUUCUUCUGGAUAGCAUUAUUUACUUUUGCCAACUCUGCUGUCAAUCCAAUUCUGUAUAAUGUUGCCCAUUUCAGACGUAAAUGUCAGCAAAUUCUUCUCUGUUGUACAGGGAACCCUGAAAGGCAUGGGGCAGGUACAGAAACCACUGCAAGAAGAAGUAACCAUGAACAGCCACAUUUGUCUUUCAUUACCAGAUAAUUAUUUAAAGUCUGAGCUGUGCCACACUUUGGAUUUUGUCUAUGCUAUCCCAG